UGAGCAACGGUUGAGUUUGAGGUCUGAGAGGGUCGAGCCGAGGAUGGACACGAAACCGAGACGAGACGACGGACAAGACAGAUGAAAUUUCUGGAGAACGCUGCUGCUGUCAAAUAGAUUUAUUCUGUUUUUCUAACAGAGGAAAAGGACUUUUAACCAGUUGUUUUCCAGCUGUUUUAUUUUCCAGAAGGACUCGUUCUCCGCUGAAGACCUCAGAGAUAAAAGAGAAGGAUAUUUUCUAUCUUCUACCUCAGCCUCAGGAUUAUGGUGGCUGCUCUGUCUGAGGAUCUGAAGGAGGAUCAAAAUGCUGAAAUGUAAAGUUCACAGUUAUUUCUGCUGCCUGUGGUUCACCUCGCCGCUGCUGCUGCUGCUGCUGCCGCCGCUGCUGCCGCCGGAUCUGAGCAGCGCGGCUCCCGCAGAUGGUCAGACCCUCCCGUGUAGCGUCUCUGUAUCUGAACCAGUAUCCGGGCUGGACUCCCUAUCGCUGACGGUGAACACACCUGGACGAGACUGCUCCUUCACGCUGACGUCUCCAGACGCCGGAGGAGACGGCGCCGAGUGUAGAAGGAGAAGAAGAGGAGGCGAGGAGAUAGAGACGAAUGAGAUCGGAGGAGGAGGAGUAGAGGAGGAGGUGAAGGUGGAGAUAGGAUCAAACUACCUGGGAAGCAACCAGCUAGGAGCGGAGGGAGGAGAUGUGUUCACCUGCCUGCUGGAUCACCUGGAGCCUGGAACCACCUACCAGCUGCAGAUUCAGUCCCAGAGCGACGCGGAGACGGCCAACAUCACCCUGCACACCAAGCCGUCGGCGGUCAGUGGCCUGGCCCUGACCUCCAGGACCUGCAGCAGCCUGGGUCUUUCCUGGCAGGCCGGCCCAGGCAGGACGCAGCGCUUCAGGCUGCUGCUGUGGGAUCGUCCUGGUCUGCUGAGGAACGAGACGUUAGAGAGCACGGCGACGCAGCACACACUCCACGACCUGUUGCCGGGACGACUGUACAACGUUACCAUGGUGACGGAGGCUGGCGGGCUGCAGAACAGCGAGACGAUGGAGGCUCAGACAGCUCCCGCCGCUGCCUCAAACCUCACUGGAGACUGCAACAGCACAAACUUGUCGUUGUCAUGGCAACAGCCCGAAGGAGACCUGGACGAACUCCUCAUCGCCCUCUCGACCAAUGGCACGAGCCGCUGGGAGAUGACGCUCCCUCCGGACGCCACAGAGGUCGCUGUUGAUCAAAUGACUCCCGGCUCGACCUAUCAGGUCGUGGUGACAUCCAGAAGCGGCCAACUGACGAACCAAUCAGAAAUCACUGUCAGGACAGCGCCGGCGGCGGCGUCCCUCCUCUCCCUCUCUCCCGCCUCCUCCGGUGGGCUCCUCCUGUCUUGGACGCCCCCCGCUGGCCAGUGGGAGAGCUACAAGCUGUUCCUGUUUGACGGCGCCCAGCAGUUAGUCAGCGCCGCUCUGGACCGAGAGGUAGUGAACUUCAGCUUCCCGGGGACGGGACUAACGCCUGGGAGGCUGUACAGAGCUGUGCUGAGGGUGGAGAGUGGAGGGCUGACGGCUGAGAGCAGCUGUGACGGAGCAACAGCUCCGGCGCCGGUGCUCAACCUCCACAUACGACACUCGGACGAGACCUCGCUCAGCGCCAUGUGGAGCCACGCCCCCUCUGGGUCACGUGACGGCUACUUCCUGACCCUUCGCCACGGUAACGUCACCGUGGACACCAGGGAGGUGGAGCCAAACAUGAGGGAGUGCACCUUCAACGUGCUCAUACCCGGGAGGCAGUACACCAUCACCGUGACAACCGCGAGCAGGAACCUGAACACCUCCGUGUCUUUGGAGGGGAGGACAGUUCCCUUGCCGUUGCGUUCCAUCACUCUGAGAAGCUCUGGAGUCAGCAGCCUCCAGGCAUCAUGGGAAAAACCACCAGGAGACCUGGACUCGUACAGCCUGACGCUGCUUCACGACGGUGUCGUGGUUCAGAACCACAGUGUUCCCGUUGGUUCUUCUUCUCUGCUGCUGGCUGGUUUGACUCCCGGCGCCCUCUACAGGCUCCAGGUCGCCACCGUCAGCGGCGGUUUGCGGUCUGAAACCACCAGCCUGGAGGGACGCAUCGCCCCGGCGUUGGUCUCCGAGGUAACCGUUGCUAACGGCGGCAGGUCUGACGCUCUGCAGGUAUCGUGGCGCCCGGCAGUGGGCGAGGUGGACCUCUACCUGGUCCGUCUUCUGGACGGAAGUCGGCCCGUGCACACGCUGGCCGUGUCCCGCUCCUCUCUCGAGUGCUCGUUCAGCUCGCUGGUCGCCGGGCGAUUGUACUCGGUCGUCAUAGUAACACGGAGUGGCAAGCUGGAGAACGCCACCACGAUUCAAGCUCGAACACAACCUGCGACUGUGCAAAACCCAACAGCUGUUCACUCCGCCAGAGACGACUUCCUCAAGGUUUACUGGCGUCAUGCAGCUGGAGAUCUGGACCAUUAUGUGGUUCUGAUCCAGUACAACCACAGCGUGCUGCAGAACAAGAGCGUCUCCGCCGGACGCAACGAGUGCGUCUUCUCGUCUCUGACGCCGGGGAGACUCUACACAGUCACCGUGGAAACCUGGAGCGGAGACUAUGUCAGCAGCGUCUCCACCGACGGACGCACCUUUCCAGCAGCAGUUGGGAACCUGUCGCUCGGCAACGCAGGAACAGGUGACCUGACUGUCACCUGGAGCCCCGCCCCUGGAGAUGUGGACCACUACGAGGUCACUCUGCUCUUCAACGACACUCGGGUUUUCCCUCCGGUCGUGCUGGCCAGCGAGGAGCGACGUCACCGCCUGACCUCUCUGACGCCCGGACGGCUUUAUAAGAUCGUGGUGUCGACGUUCAGCGGGCUGUACCAGAGAGCGCAGUUCAUCGAGGGUCGCACAGUUCCCGGUGCAGUGGGGAACCUCCACCUGGCUCCGUGGCCGGGCCUGACGGACUCUGCCGGUGGGCUGUUGGUCUCCUGGACGCCUGGAGACGGGGACCUGGACAUGUACAUCGUCACCCUGUCCGCCACAGAUGGCGCCGUCAUCGAGACGCGUCCUAUCCCGAAACACGUCUCCUCCUUGGACUUCCUGGAUCUGGUCCCAGGCCACGCCUACACCAUGACCGUCCAGUCACUGAGCGGGAAGCUGACCAAUAGCAACGCAGCCACCGGCAGGACGGCUCCGGCCAGAGUCACAGCCCUGCAGGCGGAUAACGACCACACCACCCACAGUCUGACCGUCAGCUGGGAGCGGCCGGUGGGCGUGUACGACGGCUACAGUCUGCAGUUAUUGGACGAGGCCGGCGUCGUUCUGGCCAAUCGGUCGGUUUCUGUGAAGAGUCGAAGCGAGCGUCUGGAGGGUCUGACAUCAGGGAAGUGGUACCGCGUGAGGGUGGUGACGCUCAGCGGCGGCGUCCCGUCACUGGAGGCCACGGCAGAGGGACAAACACGUCCGGCCGCGGUCAGCAAUCUCACCGUCACCGCGGCCAACACCUCCUCCCUCUCCUUCUCCUGGCGCCCAUCGGACGGCAGCGUCGACAUCUACGACCUGUCGCUCUACAGCGUCACCGAGGCGACAGCCAAUCACAGACCGGAGGCUGCGGGGAGCAGGAAGGAGCAUCACCUGGUGGCAGGCGAGCUGGUGGACCUGCAGAAAGUCGUUCCAGCUGCAGACAGCUGUGUGUUCGCCGGCCUGCGAGCAGGAAGUCUGUACAGACUGCAGGUGGUGAGCUGGAGCCGAGGCAUGAACAGCGACUCCUCGGUUCUGGCCAGAACCGUCCCGUCUGCAGUCUGGUCUCUUCAGGUUCAGAGUUCGGGACGGACGGACAGACUGACGGUCAGCUGGCAGCACGGAGAGGGAAGCUGGAGCAGCUACCAGGUGGUCUUGUACGAUGUCUCUGGAGCCACUCUGGGAGCCCAGACGCUCGGGGCUGAGCACACCAGUCACAUGUUCUCUGGGCUGAUCCCUGGUAGGCUGUACCGCGCUGAGGUCAUCACACACAGCGGAGAACUGACCAAUAACGUCUCGGCGUUUGGCCGCACAGCUCCAGAGCCGCCCACCCACCUGUCUGUCAAACAGGGACCGACCAAUGACACGAUAGAGCUGUCGUGGUCCGGUCCCGCCUCAGGGGACUACGACAGGUUCACCUUGCAGUGGACUCCUCCAGACCGCCUGUCAGUCACCCAGACUCACCUGACCAGCCGAGUCGUGGGCGGGAUGUUUCCGGGGCGACAGUACAACUUCACCGUGGCAACCAUCACUGGGGGUGGAGCCAGGGCCGGGCCAACAGUCACGAGCCAGCCGAUCCAGAGGGGCGUCAGGACAAGUCCGUCUCCACUCAGGUCCAUUCACUGCUUCCCUCUCUCGUCCUCCUCCCUGUCCUGCUCCUGGUCGCCGCCUCCCUCCGACUUUGACUCCUACGAGGUCGAGUGUCGUCGCCAUGACGAUGGAGAGCUGACUUCAGCGCUGCGGCUGGCGGGGGGCGUCACGGCGGUAACGCUGGACCACCUGGAGGCGUACAGGAAGUACUCGGUGACGGUCAGAGUGUCAUCAGCCGGACAGACGAGUCCACCGGCAACACACACAACUGUCACCAUGAUAGACCGCCCUCCGGUCCCGCCCCCCAGCGUACGCGUCAGUGAGAGGUCGUCCAAGGUCACGCCGUCCUCCAUCUUGUUCCGCUUCAACUGCUCCUGGUUCAGCGACGCCAACGGCGCCGUCAGAUACUUCACCGUGAUCGUGGCCGAGUCUGACGCCAAUGAGAUGCUGCAGCCGGAGCAGCGCCACCCUCUGCCCUCCUACCGCGACUACAUCAACAACUCCUCCGUCAGAGCGUAUCAGACCGCCUACUUCGCCAGCCGCUGCCCACAGGACGCCGACACCUCGGCCGGACAGGUGGUGGAGGUGAACCUGGGGGCGGGAGGAGAUCGGCUGGGAGGGGCAUGUGAUCGUUACCAUGACGACGACCUCUACCUGAGCGAUAGCUACGGCGGCUUCUGUGACGGGCCACUGAAAGCCAAAACCUCGUACAGGCUGAGUGUGCGAGCUUUCACCAGACUGUUUGAUGAAAACCACAGAGAGUUUCCUGAGCCGCUCUUCACCGACACUUACCUGUCCUCACCGCACAGGACGCACGCAGAGCCUCUAGGGGGCGUAGUGGAGGGUUUGAGUGCUGGGAUGUUCCUGAUCGGUAUGAUGGUGGCCAUCGUCUCUCUGCUGGUCUACAGGCAGAGGCUACGUAAAGUGGCUGUGCAGGAGAACCCCGUGGUGAGGGUGAGCAUGUGGAAAGAGGUUCCAGCUUCAGGUUUAUAUAUGGGUGUCAGGAGCAACCGUCGGGUCACCAGUCCGAUCAAAGCCUGCCACUUUGAGUCCCAUCUGACCAAACUGCAGGCCGACUCCAACUACCUGCUGUCUGAGGAGUUUGAGGAUCUGAAGGAUGUGGGUCGCAACCAGACGAUGGACGUCGCCCGACUGCCAGAGAACCGAGGAAAGAACCGCUACAACAACAUCCUGCCAUAUGAUUCCACCAGAGUGAAGCUGUCGUACCUGGAGGACGACCCCUGCUCCGACUACAUCAACGCCAGCUACAUACCUGGUAAUAACUACCGCAGGGAGUACAUUGCCACCCAGGGCCCGCUGCCCGGCACUAAAGACGAUUUCUGGCGGAUGGUGUGGGAACACGGCGUCUACAAUGUCGUCAUGGUGACACAGUGUGUGGAGAAGGGACGGGUGAAGUGUGAUCAGUACUGGCCUGCAGACAGAGAGCCUCUGUACUACGGGGACCUGGUCAUUCAGAUGCUGUCAGAGUCCGUCCUGCCUGAGUGGACCAUCAGAGAGUUCAAGAUCACCUCGGAGAGCAGCUCCAGUUACCCUCGGGUGCUGCGUCACUUCCACUACACUGUGUGGCCCGAUCACGGAGUCCCAGAGAGCACCCAGUCCCUGAUACAGUUUGUGAGGACGGUCCGGGACUACGUGGACCGAUCGCCCAGCACCGGAGCCACCGUCGUACACUGCAGUGCUGGCGUCGGCCGAACAGGGACGUUCAUCGCCUUGGAUCGGGUUCUGCAACAGCUGGACUCUAAAGGAACCAUCGACCUGUACGGCUGUGUGUUCGACCUCCGCCUGCACCGCCAACACAUGGUCCAGACUGAGUGUCAGUAUGCCUUCCUGCACCAGUGUGUGCGGGAUGUCCUGAGAGCCAGAAAGCAUCGCAGUGAACAGGAGAACUCUCUCUACCCCAUCUACGAAAAUUUCAACCCGGAGUACUGCCGCGAUUUCAUCUACACCGGACGCUAAACGGAUGACGGCAUCCAUCUGAUCGAGAGAGAAGAAACUCUGUUCCGUCAGUUCACUCUGACAUUAUUCAAACUAUCUGAGUUAACAGAACGUUUGUUACACAUCAGAGAAAAACAAGAAAAACCAGCACGUAUAAAGCUGGUCAAUCAGUUAAAUAGAUUUUUCUCUAACUCGGUUCCUGACUGUGUGAUCAGUUUAAUGGCAACAAAACUGCAGAAAACAAGCUUUAAACGUUUUAAUUAAAAUAAACUUUUCUAGUUUGACCUCCUUUAAUUAGAGUCUUGGUUCAUCAAUACUUUGAAAAGUGUCUCAACAACAUCUGGAGACGUAUUAGAGUCCCUGAAUGAACGUGAUUAAUGAUUUUGUGAUGUGUUGAAGGGAAACACGGGUUGCUCUCAGGUCGGUGGUGGUUAGUAAAGACUUGUUAGCUAACAGCGAUAGCGUGCUAGCUAGCCUCCAUAUAACCGACUGAUCACAGGGAAGGAAAGAGCCAUUUAUUUUUUUCUAUUAUAACUAUGUUCUCACUCACUGCUCAAUAUAAGCUGUUUAUUUAAAAACUUACACAUAUUGCUGUAUGUAAAUAUUGAUGUAAUACUCUUUUUUAUAUGAUAUUGAAUAUAUACUGUAUGUCAACUAUUUCAAUCCUGUGUAAUACUGAGAUAGUUCCAGUGUCUCCUUUAUGAAAUCAAACACUUCAAAUGAACGAGCUGGAUUCAGACUUUAAUUCACGACGGCUUUAAAUCGUUUAUUUCUAAUAAAAGAAACACGUUAAAACAUUUACAGGCUCGUUCAUUAAGUCGUUACGAACUGUCUAAAGUUAAAAUGAAAAGUCUGAAUAUGAAGCAGGAAAUUUGAGACUUUUUAAGAUCCUAAAAUUGUGUCAACAAAAAUCUGAUUUUUUUUUUUUAAGUUUGGAAAAGUUCACAUUUGCAUUUUCAACAUGAUUAAAUAUUAACUAGAAUAACUAUUCUGGUUAUUUGGUAAAGCGUCUUUCUGUUUGACUGCUGGAGGAUUUUCAGGGUUUUUAAAUGAUUUCUGAUGUAUGGAUUUAUUACUGAGGACAUAAUGAUCAAUGUUUUUAAUCUCUGAAAGGAAUUCAGGGCUGGGAAAUUAUUCUUUAUUAUUAUGAUGUGAUCUUACUGUAGCUAAAAACUAACAACGUUAGUGAUUAAAGGUUUUGAUUCCACAUUUGUUCCUGUUGUAAAACAUAAAACCAGUUUAUUAUUAGAUUUGUCAUCUUGUGAUAUAACAGAAUGAUAUCUGAAUGAUAUGACACCACCCAGCCCUCAGAGACUGUAAAGCACUUUUUAUAACACGCUGUCAGAGCACUGUAAACCAGAUUAUUAAAAGCUCAUUAAAACAGC